AUGUUUAAUCCUAAUUAUUCAUCAUCGUUAUUAACAGUUGUGCGUCGUUCACUUGUUGAACCGUCCACGUCCUCAUCAGCUGCUAUAUGGAUUGUUGACGAAAAAAACUUGACACUCUUGAAUAAUAAAAUUCCUCAACCGUUCGUACGAAUAAUGUGGUAUCGUUUCCUGUUAGUUAUUAUCAUUUUUGUUACUGCUGCUGGCAAUCUUCUAGUUUGUUUAGCUAUAGCUCGUGAACGAAAGUUACAAAAUACUACAAAUUAUUUUCUUAUGUCAUUAUCAAUUGCAGAUUGUCUUGUUGCUAUUCUAGUCAUGCCAAUGGGAAUGAUUACUGAAGUUUUAGGUGGUUUUCCAUUACCAGACUAUGCAUGUGUUAUAUUUGCUACUUUGGACGUAUUAUGUUGUACAUCGUCUAUAUGGCAUAUGAGUACAAUGUCGAUGGAUAGAUAUUUUACCAUUCGUUUUCCAUUUCGUUAUGGAAGAAAUAAAACUCGUCGUAUUAUGUUUCUAAAAAUAGUUGCUGUUUGGGCUAUCAGUGCAGCUGUAUCAUCACCUGUAUUUGUAUUAGGGAUUGUUAAUAAAAAAAAUGUUUUAUCAAAUGGUACAUGUGCACCAAAUAAUGCAUCAUUUAAAAUUUAUGGUUCAAUUUUUGCUUUUUAUAUUCCAUUCAUAAUAAUGAUAACAACAUAUGCAUUAACAAUGCGUUCAUUAAGAAAUGUAUUAGUUCAUAAAAGAAAAUAUAAUCGUGAAAGACGACGAAAACAAACAUUUCGACCAUUAGCACAGAUAAUAAGUCAAUAUGCUGAGAUAGCUCAAGGUAUUCGACAUACAUCAUCAGCAAAUAACCAAACAAUUCCAAAAACAACAACAAAUAAUAAUAAUAAUAAUAAUAAUAAUAAUAAUAACAAUAAUAAUAACAAUAAUGAUAAUAAUUCUAUUUUAAACAAAACACUAUAUACAAUAAAAAAAACGACGUCACCAACAGAUUCUCGCACAUCAUUAUUUUCUACAAAUAAUACAAAUAUAAAUUUACAGCAAGAUAAUAGUUCAAAAGAUAUGACAAAUGGAUCUAAUAUUAAUAAUGAUGCAAUUGGUCAUAAUGUACAACAUUUAAAUUUAAGUUAUAUUAAACCAAAUGGAAGUAAAAACCGAUGUUAUCAACAACAAACACUAACAAUCAAUACGGCAAUACAUAGAAAAGAAAAUAAUAUAAAUAUGAGUACUGUUUAUGAGACAACUGAAUGUUCUAAAUCAACAUCAAGUUCAAAUGACGUAUCAGCUAUUGCAAAUAAUAAUGUUACUCGAAGAUCAACUUUUAAUAACGACCAACAAGUCUUAGACGAAAUAAAUAAAACCGAACAAUUAGAAAACUCAAAUCUAAUAACAUCAGCGAUUAACAAUACAUUAUCACUUGAAGAAGAAUCUAGUACAAUAUUAAAUAUGGAUACUAUAACUGAUAUACGUGAAUGUGUUCACAUGCCAAUAGCUUUAUCAUCAUUUCAACAUUUUGCUUUGUCUCAUCCAACUGAACCAAUAUUUUUAAAAAUUCCAUGGAAAUCUUGUUUUAACAUUAUUCAAUAUAUUCUUCAUUAUUAUAUAUUCUAUUUUCCUUAUCGAUUACGACCUUUAUCAAUUAAAUAUUCAUCAAAUAUAGAUGAAAAACCAGUAAAAGUACAUCAAUCAACGUCAAUAUCAUCAAUUUGUUUAACACCAAUAAAAUAUCAUCAAUCAGUUUCAACACAAACAACUCCUUUUUUGAAAUCAAACUCUCCUAAUAAUAUUUAUCCAACUACUAUUAGUGAACAAUAUGUAUAUACUUCACCUAAACGACGAAAAUUUCCUUUUAAUCGAUCAAUAUUAACAUCAUCAUCUUUGUUAACAAGUUUAUUGCGUCAUAUGCCAACAUUACCAAUACAUUCAAGUGGUAGUUCAUCAAAAUCUUCUUUUUCAUCGAGUCGACGUCCAUCUGCAGUAUCAUCACCAAAUCAAAUACGACAACCAUAUUCAUCUAAUCAUUCUUGCCGAAUGGAAUCUGAAUUAGAACCUAUUUUAACUGUUGACCUUCGUUCACGUGCAUCAACAUCAUUAUCUAGCAUUUUACAUACAACAAAUCGUCAAGACAAUCAUAUAUUUGCACAUUAUCAUAAACCAUUGCGACGACAACAAUAUCAAUAUCGAUCAGGAUAUAUUAUUCCACAUUCAUCCAAAACACGACAACUACAUCAACAAUUAAGUUCACCAACAAAUACAAAUUCAUCCGAUUCUUCAUCUAUUAUGUAUCAUUAUCCUUCAAGAUUACAUUCAGUUGUUUCGUCUCAACAACGCGUACGUGAUGAAGAUAUUGUUGCAGCUAAUGAACGAAAAGCUUUAAAAGUUUUAAUGAUUAUAUUUUGUGUAUUUGUUACAUUAUGGACACCAUUUUUUAUUUGUACAUUUAUAUCAGCUAUAUGUGUAUCAUGUCGGGAUCAUUUAUCAUCAACUGUUUGGUUUUCAAUAACAUGGCUUGGUUAUAGUUCAUCUAUGGCUAAUCCAUUUAUAUACACAAUAUUUAGUGAUACAUUUCGACGUGCAUUUGCAAAUAUUAUUUUUUGUAGACCAACUGAAUUAUUAGUUUCAGGACAUCAUUCAACUAAAUUAUCUUCUCCAAAAGAUUGUGUUCCUCAAUAUAUGAAUCAACGUUUAUCAUAUAGACGAAAUCCAAAGCAUGAUAUUUCUGGUACAUCAACACCAAUAUUGCAUCAUCGCUCAACAUUAACUAGUGGAAGUGAUGCAAAGAUUUAUAUUAAUCGAUGUACAUCAGAUACAUUUCGAUAA